GAAAGUCAUUCCAAGAUGGCGCUGCGCACAGUAUGUGCUGCUGCUUUACGGACCGGGACAGAUUUAGGGGUCAAUAAUGCGAGGACAUUUGUCACGACAGCAUUCCUCUGCAAACGGGUUCCUCCUUUGGGCCCGAUGCCAAAUGAAGAGAUUGAUGUUAAAAACCUGGCGUCGGUAGAGAAGUAUCGCAGCUACAAUCGUUACUUCAGGCAAGCGGCGGAGGCGAGGAACAAGGACGUAUGGUGGAAGACUUACAGGAGCUACGUGGAAAACGCUGACCCUGAGCACGGCGCAGAGCGAGUGGACAUUGGACUGCCCUACUAUCAACCCUGCAGGACCAAAGAAGUAAGGAAGAGGAGGCAGGUGAUGAAGGAGAACAAGAAGAACGUCGAGCUGGAGCGGGCGUCUCGUCUGCGCACGUUUAAGAUCCCUCUGGAUCAAGUGCAGGAAACUUGGGAGAAGACAGCCGGGCCGUUUCAUGUUAAAAGACUUGCGGACCACUAUGGGGUCUUCAGAGAUCUCUUCCCCAUGGCUUAUUUUCUACCUCAGGUUACACUCAAGGUCUGCUACAGCCAGGAUAACGGCACUCAUGUGCACUAUGGGAAUCAACUGACACCCACUGAGGCAGCGACGGCACCACAGAUCAGCUUCAAUGCAGAGGAGGGCUCCCUGUGGACCCUCCUGCUUAGCUGUCCAGAUGAGCAUCUUCAAGAUAACGAGGCAGAAUACAUCCACUGGCUUGUGGGGAACAUACCGGGCGCAGCAGUCCAGGCUGGUGAGGAGCUGUGUCACUACCUGCCACCCUUCCCUGCCAGAGGAACAGGCUUCCAUCGCUAUAUUUACGUGCUCUUCAAGCAGGAUGGGCCCAUCAACUUCCAGGAAAACAUCAGGCCCUCGCCAUGCCAAUCACUGGUGCAGCGCACGUUUAAGACGGUGGAUUUCUACAGAAAGUACCAGGACAACAUGACUCCUGUGGGUCUGGCCUUCUUCCAAUGCCAGUGGGAUCAAUCUGUGACAGAUACCUUUCACAACACCCUAAACAUGAGGGAGCCCGUGUUUGAGUUCAUCAGGCCUCCAGUGUACCACCCCCCACAGGUCAAAUACCCUCACCGGCAGCCCCUACGCUACCUGGACAGAUACAGAGACGGGAAAGAGCACGCCUAUGGGAUAUACUGAUUAUCAGACACAUGCACAUUUGAGGAAACAGCAACAACAAUGUGGAAUUAUGUUUGCCAUAUUUAUGUCAUGAUUGUAAAAAUAAAGCAAUUUUCAGCUGCA